AUGGUGGCAGGAAGUGGCCAUGUGCUGCAAUGUCCCCAGUGCUUAGUCAUUCACGAGGUCAAUCGGUGGACCAUGCAUCACCGAUGCCGUGGGGGCGCACUUCCCUCACGCAUCCUGACCGCGUUAUCGCCUCUCCUCCACCCCCCACCCCACCCCUUCACUCUCCACUCAUCAGUUUUCAGCCUCCCAACCCUCCUACUUACCGCUUUAAGUAGUAUGUCACUUGUUCAAGCAACUGCAUCUCGCAGUGUCGACGCUGAAGUCCCACGCCUGUUCGCCGUGUUGACUCCUCCUAAUCCAGUCUACAUCGCUCCUCCCUCCAAUCCAUCAUUGUUCCCCUAUAUGCCCUAUCAACUCACCAUGGCAAAAGUUCACUCAAUCUGCCAAUCCACCCAGACGACACCCAUGCACAACCCAUCCACUCACACAUUCCUCACGGUGCCAUUCGUCCCCAUUUCCACAAUCCACCACAGCGACCGUGUAGAGCCAGUGGGCAUCUACUGCGAGCGUACACUAGAGGACAACUGUCCCAAUUGCCCAAACAGCCGCGCUUCGAGGUCAUGA